AAUUCAACAGUUUUUUGAAAAUAUUAGCUGCAUAAACAUGCCUCUUUCUAUUGUUUAUUAAAUAAUAAUCUUACAGUAAGUUUAAAGUCAUUUAAGCUGCAAAAAUGCCUUUUACAAGGGCAGGGAUAUCAUUAGUACGAGCUCUUAAACAUAAUCCAAACAAGUCGAAUUAUAUUUUAACCUCACAAAUACGAACUUAUAGUGGAAAAGCAACCAAACUUCUUUAUGAAGAUUAUGGAGAACCAGCCAAAGUAGUUAAAGUAGUAGAAGAAACCUUAAGUAAAGUGAAACCCAAUGAAGUACUGGUCAAAAUCCUGGCUGCACCAGUUAAUCCGGCUGACAUAAACACCAUUGAAGGGAAGUACCCAUCAAAGCCAAAACUACCAGCAGUUCCAGGAAAUGAAGGGGUUGGAAGAAUUCUAGAGGUCGGGUCUGAUGUCACAAACCUUGCUGUUGGAGAUCAUGUUGUACCAUUGCAACAAAAUUUGGGCACUUGGAGAACACAUGCAGUUUUACCAGCUGAAGCUUUCCUGAAGGUACCACUUGAGCUUGGCCUUGUCCCAGCUGCCACCCUUACGGUCAAUCCAUGCACUGCAUUUCGUAUGUUAAGGGACUUUGUUGAUCUCAAACCAGGAGAUGUUGUCAUUCAAAAUGGAGCUAAUUCUGCUGUAGGUCAGUUCGUGAUACAGAUAGCCAGAACUUGGGGCAUUAAAACUGUAAAUAUAGUUAGGAAUAGGCCAGAAAUUGACAAAUUAAAGGACUAUUUAAACUGUCUAGGGGCUUCUGUAGUUCUUACAGAAGAAGAACUGAGAGCAACAGACAUUUUUAAGACAGAAAAGUUUGCAAAACCAAGACUGGCUUUGAACUGUGUUGGUGGAAAAAGUGCAACAGAAAUAAUGAGACAUCUUCAGAAUAGUUGUCCCAUUGUUACUUAUGGCGGCAUGUCCAGGGAACCAGUUACAGUAGCUACUUCAGCCCUAAUUUUUAAGGACAUACAAGUAAGAGGAUUUUGGAUGUCUGCUUGGAGUAAAAAGAACGCAACUUCUGAGGAAAGAUUCGAAAUGUUUGAUGAACUCAUAUGCAUGAUGGUCAAUAAGGAGUUAAAAGAGGCAGAACAUACUUUGAUAUCCUUUAGUGAUUAUGCUGAAGCAUUGAAAAAUACGUUGAAUCCCAAAGGACAAGGAAAAAAAUAUAUUUUAAAUUUUAACACUUAACAAUAAAUGGCAUUGAAAUGAAGUAAAUGUACGUGGAGCAGUUUAUAAAGCAUGUACACUUAAUGAUUGUAUUAUUUUUACCUACUUGUAUAUUUUAUUAAUAUAUGUAUUUACUG